AUGAGCAUCCCCCAGGCCGUCCAAAACCCCCUCACAAAGGCCGCCACCUUCCUCGUCCUCACAAUCAACUCCUCCUCCCCCUCCGCCAUUCAAACCGUCCGCUCCGUCCUCUCCAGCGUCCAGGACCUCUCCAAAAACGUCUCCCUGCGCGAUCUCAACUCCCAAUUCUCCUGCUCCGUCGGCAUCGGCUCCGACGCCUGGGACCUUUUAACUGACGGCAUUUCCGGCCUCCGCCGCCCCAAGGAGCUGCGGCCCUUCCGUGAGAUUGCCGGCGCCCGCCAUACCGCCGUGUCCACCCCCGGCGACCUGCUCUUCCACAUCCGCUCCGACCGCCGCGACAUCUGCUUCGAGUUUGAGCGCCAGCUUCUUCUCAAACUCGGCGACGCUGCGACGGUAGUGGACGACACGCAGGGCUUCCGCUACUUCGACGCCCGCGACCUGCUGGGCUUCGUCGACGGCACCGCCAACCCCGUCGGCCCCUCCGUCCCGGACGCCGUUCUUAUCGCCGACGAGGACUCCGAUUGCGCGGGAGGCAGCUACGUCGUCGUGCAAAAGUACGUCCACGACAUGAGCGGCUGGACCGGCCUCUCAACCGAAACCCAAGAGGCCAUCAUCGGCCGCACCAAAAUCGACAACAUGGAGCUCGACGACCAGCCCGACGGCCACCAGCAGGCGCACAAGACGCUGGCCACAAUCGAGGACGAGGACGGCAACGAGCACAGCAUCCUGCGCGACAACAUGCCCUUUGGAUCGCCGGGAGCCGGCGUCUUCGGCACGUAUUUCAUCGGCUACUCGCGCCGCCUGUGGGUGAUUGAGAAGAUGCUGGAGCGCAUGUUUAUUGGCGAUCCUCCUGGAAAGCACGAUCGUAUUCUCGACUUUUCUACGGCUCUGACGGGAACUACCUUUUAUACGCCGCCGGCCUGGGUCUUGGACCGGCUCGGAGACUGA